UGGACAGAGUCGGAAACAGGGUCAAGAGUGGGGGAGAAACAUGCGGUGAAGGGCCUCAGGCCGGAUUCGAACCCGGGCCACCCACACACGGAGAGCGCCUUUAACCACUAGGUCACCUGCUCCCCAAUGGUCCAGUUCUUUGUCUCCUCAUCCCAGGUGAGAUAAUCAUUGAGUGGCUCAGUACUAGGAACACAAUACUUGUAGUCCAUUUCCUGAACCCAUCUGUGUGUAGUGACACUCAGCUCUUUGUGAAGCUCUCCUGAGUUCUUGAAUCUGCUUUGUGUGACAGUACUAUGACAGCUGAGCUCAUCCCUGCUGCUUGUACCCCUUUUCUUACCCCACCUCUCUCUUGCAGUCAACUUUCCAUGAAUAUGCUCUGAUAAAGCCUCUGAGAACAGCCUGCCCUUUCAGCAGUGACCUUCUGUGGCUUACCUUCAUUGUGGAGGAUGUCAGUGACUGUCAUCUGGACAAUAGUCAAGUCAGCAGUCUUCUCCAUGAUUGUGGUUGUGUGUAGUGAACCAGAGUGAGAGAAAGAAGGCUUUGGAAACUUUUACAAAUUGGACUUUCCCACAAUAUACUAUAUGGAGAUAGUGGAUUUUUGAUUUUCAUGAGCUGUAAUCAUCAAGAUUGAAACUUAAAAGGUCUUGAAAUAUUUCAAUUUGUAUUGAUGAAUCUAGAAUAUAUGGAUAUUCAACUUAGAGUAAAUCACAGGGAAAAAAUGAACUUUUACAUGAUAUUCUAAUUUUGACUGGAUUGCCCAGUCCUACUUUCUAUACACGUUUCUUAAUCAUUUUGAGGUGAACUAUUCCUUUAAUAGACUCACUGUGCCGACUCCAGAGGUGGGUGUGUGCCUGGCAGGGGGAGUGUCAGUGAAUGGAGGGAUAAUCGGAGUUUGUUUUGGAUGGGGGACAGCCGGGGGAAGUGCAGCACAGAGAGCAGAGGCCGUGAGAGAUUCUGCGGACAGUAAACGACCUGCAGCCGGGCGGAACCACGACGGAACCAUGAUGUACUUUCAGCUCUGUCCCGACACCCUCUGGGCCCUGCUGCUCCUCUGCAUCCCUGCAGCUCUCACAGCAAAGUGUCCACAGCAGUGUGUGUGCGACCAGAUCCAGCUCACCGUCACCUGCAUCAACAAGAACCUGACUGAAGUUCCCCCCACCGUGGAUGAGAUCACUGUGAAGUUAGAUCUCAGAGGGAAUGACAUCCAGGAACUUCCCACCGGGGCUUUCAAACACACUCCCUACCUGACUCACCUGUCGCUGCAGCGCUGCAACAUCCGCAGGGUGAAGGAGGGUGCUUUCCGUGGUCUCGGGCGCCUGGUUUUCCUCAACCUGGCCAACAACAACAUUGAGAUCCUCUACCAGGAGUCAUUUGACGGUCUGUCCUCGCUGAAGCAGCUCAUGAUCGACCGUAACCGAGUGGAAGAGAUCCAGCCAGGAGCUUUCUCUCAGCUCGGCUUCCUCAACCUGCUCUCCCUCACACACAACCAGCUGGUGUACAUCCCCAACAUGGCCUUCCAGGGUCUGCAGAACAUCAAAUGGCUCCGUCUCAGCCACAACUCUCUGAACUACUUGGACACUGAGGCCUUCGCAGGUCUGUUCACACUAAACCGCCUCAGUCUGGAUCACAACGAGCUGCAGUUCUUCCCCUCUGAGACCAUGACCAGACUGCCUGAGGUGACCCGUCUGGAUCUGAGCUACAACCCAAUGACUUACCUCGGAGAGGACGUGGUGUCCAUGGCCAAACUGACCCACCUCUUUAUGGACCACAUGUCCCUGCAGGACCUGGCCAACACAGCUGUAUCUAAAUCCCCCAACCUCAUCCACCUGGACAUCAGCUUCAACCAGCUGCGUGUCAUCCAGCCGUUCUCUGAAGGUUCACCUAACCUAGCACGCCUCAACCUGGCUGGAAAUCCCCUCUACUGUAACUGCUACCUGCGCCCACUCAGGGAGUGGGCGAUCCGCAGCAAGGUGAAGCUGAUAGGGACGUGUGGAGGCCCGGCUCAUCUGUCAGGAGAGAACCUGGAGGCUGUUCAUCCUCCUGAGCUUCGCUGUCAGAGCCAAGAAGCCAUGCUGAAGGCGGAGUAUGAGGAGGCAACUAGGAAUGCACCGCCACCUACAGAGGAGCCUGAGAGCAAGGUCAAGUGUCCCGCCAACUGUGUCUGUGAGGCUGAGACUCACCACUCCUCAUGUGAGAACCGCGGUCACACCAAAGUUCCUCGUGGUUUCUCUCCCACCACUCGUCUCCUGGACCUACGUGGAAACCACUUCCACUAUAUCCCCAGCAACAGCUUCCCUGGUGUUCCCCAGGUGGUUUCAUUACAUCUGCAGCGCUGCAAGAUCGCUGAGGUGGAGGGCGGGGCUUUCAGUGGAAUGAAGGGACUGAUCUACCUGUACCUGUCAGAGAACGACCUCACAUCGCUCAGCCCUGAUGCCUUUAAAGGCCUCCCUCAGCUGACAUACCUCCACCUGGAGAAAAACCGCCUCACCGGUUUCCCCAAAGGAGCCUUCAAACUGGUGCCCAGUUUGCUGGCUCUUCACCUGGAGAACAACACCAUCACCAAGCUGGAGGCAGACGUCCUGACCGGUGCAGAGGGCCUCAGAAACCUUUACCUCACAGGGAAUGCCAUUGAUCACGUGUCACCCAGAGCUCUGGACCAGGGCGGCGACCUUGAUACACUCUACCUGGGAGGAAACAAGCUGAAGGAGGUUCCCACUGAGGCACUGAGCAAGACAAGAAACCUCAGAGACCUGAGGCUGUCAGAGAAUGCUAUCCGCUGGGUGGGGCCCAAUGCUUUUAAACCACUGGCGGGGUCCCUGAAGGAGCUGUACUUGGACAACAUGGGACUGGAGAAGAUGUCACAGAACUCCCUGGCAGGCCUGGGUCCUGGUCUGAGGAGUCUCUUCCUGGAGGGAAACCAGCUGGAGGAGGUGCCUGAUCUACAACCCUUCACUUCUCUGGAGGUGAUCAACCUGGCUGACAACCCUCUGAUGUGUGACUGCCCUCUGCUGCCGCUACGCCUGUGGAUUGAGAGAGUAAACUUGAAGGUACGUGCCACCUGUGCCAACCCCCCUGAGCUGAAGGGUCGCAGAGUCAAGGACGUCCAUGUCUUUAAAGCCUGUCCUGGAGGAGAGGGCCUCCCCUCUGCUCCCACUGUCACCCCAAAACCUGCAAAGGCACCAAAGGCGACCAAACCCAAACCAAUGCACCUUAACGGCCACCGACAGGUCAAGAUGAUGAAACCCAAAUCCAAAAUUCGCAAGAAUCCCAACACAAAAGCAGCUGCAGCCAAGAAAACCACCAAGAGAGGCAGCACGGCGUGAACAUGCUGUGGUCACUUCUCCCAGUCUACAAGCAUCUGAUGAAGUUGAGAUUAAGGCGAGGAUUCAACUCUAAAACUGUCAACUCUUAAAAAGCAGCAUCUGCAGAGGCUCCUUCACAUUGGUUUUCUGCAGUUUAAUGGAACAAUCUUGAUGAAUAACAGCAUCACAAAAAAUGAGUACACACAGCUAUACCCAUCACCAGCACUGCACUGCGCAAAAAAGGAAGCAUACGAUUGCACAUUCACAGUUCAUGAAGCUCCUGAUGCUAGAUAUUUUGACCACUACACCAGAAUUAGUUUGUAAAAAUACCACAAGUCAAAAUUUUUAUCAUUUCUUUUUAAUCAAAGAUGACAUAUUUUCAAAAGAACAUGUGGAUAUAAAAAAGGAAAAAUAAAACUUUACAACAAA